AUGGCGUCAAACAUCAGCAGCAGCACACACAGCGAGGGCAGCAGCAGCAACGAGGACUCUCUCCUGGACGGCGUACCGCCACUGAACGAGAGGCUGGGCCAACUGCGGCCGUCGCGGGAGCUCCUGGAAUACUACCGCCAGAAGAUCGCCGAAUAUGACGGCGAGUACGAGAAACUACUCAAGAAACUGGAGAAGUACAAAUGUACGUACGAGCACGUGCACAAGAGCGAGUGGGAGAUCAGACAGCGGGAGGAGGAGAUAGCCGAGCUCCAGAAGGCCCUGAGUGACAUGCAGGUCUUCCUGUUUCAAGAGCGAGAGCACGUGCUCCGUCUCUACGCCGAGAACGACCGCCUCAAGAUCAAAGAGUUGGAGGACAGGAAGCGGAUCCAGCACCUCCUCUCCCUCUCUAGGCAGCCGGUGGUGGAGGGAGAAACGACCUACUUCUUCAAAGACAAGUCGGCACCCAGGGUGGUGAUCCAGGAACACCGCAGGAAUAAAAAGAGUUGUUCUACCUCCGAACCUACAUCCGAGAAGAUAGGGAGGGGCCCUGGGGGACACAAGAUCUCAGUCAAACCACAAACCGACUGCAGCAGGAAAGAAAACGAGGAAUGCUGCACACACGAGGACCACGAGACCCUCCUGCUGACGGUGGAGAGUCUAAAAGCACAGCUCGAGGAGCAAACGAGGCUGUGCAAGGAGCAGGUGGACUCACUGCUGGAGGACAGGAGAGUGAGGCUGGAGGAAUACCAGGCACUGCAGGAGAGAGACACGGAGAGGAUAAGACUGCUCGACGAACAGCUCCACAAGACCCAGAGGCUUCUCUACGAGAGUACCAAAGACUACCUCGAUCUCAAGUACACGUCUCGGGCAGCGGAGAGGCAGCACAUGGCCGAGAGAGACCGCCUCCUCCAGAGACUGGACAAGGUGAGGGAGGACUAUGACGUGAGUCACGGGGUAGACCCUGUACUUGGUGUGAGUAUUAGUAAAGAGCCCAGCCGCUGCCGUCGCAAUAGAGUGAGGAACCCCGGUCCACCUGUCAAGGAGCUACAGUUACAGCUAGAGCAGGCGCAGCAGUUGGGGGAAAACUACCGAGAGCAGUGCAUCGCGACGGAGGAAGAGUUGGCCAGAGUCAAAGACGAAACUGAGGCAUCGAGAGGACUCUUCAAGGAAAGAACCGACAAACUAACGAAGCGGCUGAACCUCAUGAACGCCAGAUACGAGGCUCUGGAAAAGAGGAAAGGGCUGGAGAUCGAGGGAUACAAAAACGACGUGCGUCUCCUGCGACAGAGACUGAAAGAGGUGGAAAAGCAGCUGUUCAAACUCACGCUAUCCCUGACCGGAGACCAGGACAUGCAGAUCCUGACUCAAGUCAAGAGAACUGCUGCAAACUCUAAGAAACUUGUGGGAGAUCUUCAGAACCUGAAGGCAGCUCUCUACUCCCUGGAACGUGAUACCAGAAAUGUCCAUAAUCCUUAA